GAGUGUGUAUUCGUCAAACAGACACAUAAAAUAUGAAGAGGAACUCCUUAUGAAAAAGAUACUGGAGAGUUGGUUACCACCAAAGAAGCCCGACUUAAAUCUUGAAAAAUACAUGGAUAAUGAUGGAAGAUCAUCUAUAGAAUUCUUAGAUAAUUAUGACUUGGAACCUGCAUCUGAGUUAGGAGAAGAUUUAUUGAAACUCUACGUGGAUCACUGUUUUCCAGAUAUUGAUAUUUAUGUUGAUGGAAAAAGUUUUAAAGCUCACAGGGCCAUUUUAAGUGCCAGAUCCAGUUAUUUUGCUGCGAUGCUGAGUGGCUGCUGGGCUGAAAGCUCCCAGGAGCACAUUGCUCUUCAAGGUAUAAACCAGGUAGAAAUGAAGGUUAUGAUGUAUUUUAUAUAUGGAGGAACUUUGGACUUUCCAGAGAAAGCUAACGUUGGUCAGAUACUCAGUGUGGCAGAUAUGUAUGGACUGGAAGGAUUAAAAGAAGUAGCAAUCUAUAUUUUAAGAAGAGAUUACUGCAAUUUCUUUCAAAAGCCUAUUCCCGGAAGGCUGGCAUCUAUUCUAGAAUGUCUGAUUAUUGCUCAUUCCGUUGGCGUGGAAAGUCUUUUUACUGACUGCAUGAAGUGGAUUGCAAAGCAUUUUGCAAGGUGUUGGUCUGAGAGAAGCUUUGCUAAUGUGCCCCCUGCGAUCCAGAACAGUUGUCUUAAUAUGCUGAUUCGGUCCUUAAAUGACGAGAAUGUCGCUUUUCUUCUGAUGGAAAGUGACAGACUAAUCAUCAGUCUACCCAGAGUGAAGUGGACAGAGGCAGCCCUGACUAUGGCGUCUCAGCUCCAAGAAGAAUGUAUUGCCUUCAUGGUGGUAAACUUCUCCAAGAUCAUUCAGAGUGAAAAUUUUGCUCUUCUGUUGCAGUCACAAGCAAUGAGCAGCACAGCUGAUCUAUUGGACAAAGUUUUAAAAGCAAUUGAAGAAAAUAUUACUACUGAGAAUAGCUGCUCUCUUCUUCUGGCUCUGGACACAUUACUGAACUCUGAAAGUACAAAGGAAAUGGUAGGUUUUACGUGCAAGAUCCAGGCUCUGCGUGAUAAGCUGUGGAUCUUCCUGGUCCAGUCUUUCUAUGCUGUUCGUCACACAGAGAGCUGGGAGCUGGUGAGCACAGAUGAUCAACAGAAAAUCCAAGCAGCUGCAUUUGACAAAGGUGAUGAUCGAAGACUAGGCAAAAGGCCUAUAUUCAGUAGCUCUCAGCAAAGGAGACCAGUUUCUGACUCCGGCGUGGUAAAGAAGAAGUCUUGGAGGGGAAAUAACAAGAAAGCGUGCUGGGGUUUGCCCUCUACUGAACAGACGAUGAAAUCUGAUGGAUUAGCAGCAUCUGGACAUUCAUCAAAUGCGAAUAGAAAUACUUCAAGCAAUACUUUGAAGCAUGAUGAGUUAAAGGAAAAAAAUGGUACAAAAAUAGCUUUGCAGAUUACAAAAGAUUUUAAAACCGGGGAAAAAGCUGUUUCUGGGAAGCCUAGAGCUAUAAUUAAACCCAAAACAGAAAAUGGUGAUAAUAAUGCAAAGUCAGAAAACAUGUGUCCUAGACAAGCUGUGGAAAGAUCAGCAGCAGCAUAUAGACAGAAGAAUUCAAUAAAUGGAAAAGGAGUGAAAAAUCAGGAAGGGCAAACUGCAGGUGCCAGACCCAAGGUCCUCCCUGGAAGCUUAAACACUCAUGCCAAAGCAAAGCCCUUGAAGAAAGCGACAGGGCGGGAUUCUCCAGUUCUCAGCAGCACAGGACCCUACAGCAAAUCCACCAGCGCAAGUCUGGAACUCCUGAUUCCUAAUGAAGGUCUGGACGAACCAAAAGAAAAUGGAUCGAUAGGAGGAAAGCCAUCAGAUCAUAAGCUAUCUUUUUGUGACUCUCAAAGACAGACAGCGAAAACCAGUGUGGAAAGUGUCAGAACUUCUUCUGUAGUAAAAUCUCGACCUGUUUCAAGGGCUACCAAUGGAAUUCCCAAUAAAAAAAGCAUUCAUGAACAAGAAACUAAUAGGAAUAACAGUGUGCUAAAGAAGGUAACUGGCAAAGGACCUAGCGAUCCAGUACCACAGGCGAUCUUGAAGAAAAGAGGAAAUGGCAUCGGAUGUGUCACACCUCAGCACAGGACAAAGAGUGCCCCAUGUAACCUCGCUAAAACCCAAGGUUAUCAAGGAGAGUCACCAAAUUCGCUAAAAUCUUCAGUGUCUUCAAGACAGUCUGAAGAAAGUGGGGUAAAGUUGCAUCACCGCGCAGCUACAGAUAAACAGACACCGAAGAGAAAAACGGUCAAGCAGGGACUCACGACUUUGCCUCAGGUUAAUGCAAAAAGUGUGGCAAUGCCUAAAAGCCUAAGUCAGUCAAAGAAAGGGGAACCUGUGCAUAAUAAAGAAACAAAACAGAAGCCGCUUCCAGGAGAGGUUACCUUAAAGGCACAGUCUUCUCAAAGGCCUUUAGAAAGUGAACCAUCUGUCCAAAAAAGGAUGCUUCGUGAGGGAUGCGGUGAUAGUAACAAGGACAGUGUUUCUGAGCAGAAGUCUCGCAAGCCUCUAAUGCAUCUUCCACCGGAAGUCAAUGGUACAGAAGUGUCUACACAGAGCCCUGACCCACAAAAGCCAUUAAACAAUCCAGAAAAGGAGAUAUUGGUGGUAGAAUACCAAAACAUUUCAAAGCUGGAUAAAUUAGUACAGCACGAACUACAAUCCAAACAGAUUUCCACACGUAAAAGUGAAACCGAAUUUCCUGACCACCAAGAAACAGAUAAUGCCCGUGCCUGUAAAAGACCUCCACCUUCGAACGGGACUGAUAGUAACGAGUCAAAUGUUCACAGCUCCACCACCCUCAAACCCACGAUGUCAAAGCCAAAGAAGAACUCCUUGAACUGUAACCUAACUUCUGCAUUAGACCCAGCAAAUAAAGAGCAAAUAGGCCUAGUGUCAGAGAGGGAGAACCCAGUGGGGAGAAAAGAUGCAAACCAAAAAUCCGCCCUUAAAGAUGGGAGGGCGGUUUCACCUGGUGUUCCUGAAAGGACAAAUGCUGCUUUCAUGUCCGUUCCCAAUGACAGGAAAGGCAAAGUUCCCCUAGAAGGACCGAGAAUUCCUAGUCAAUCGCCUCAGAACCCGGCUGCACAUAAAGACGGGCCUGCGACAGCAGGCUCAGAUCUUCCUCCUAAAUGCUUUUCAGAACAAAGAUCAGGGAAAGAUUCUCCUAAACAUAUGGAAACACCAGCAGAAGUGCCCGAGAGCCACAAAACUUUAGAGGCUCCAUUCAUGGGGCCCUGGAGUUUGAGUCCCAGUAUUCUGCAUCCCAGAGAGAGUCCUGAAUCUGAUUCUGGCAGCGCUACGACCUCCUCUGACGACAUCAAGCCCCGCUCUGAAGACUACGAUGCGGGCGGCUCUCAGGAUGAUGACGGGCCCAGCGACAGGGGCAUUUCCAAGUGCGGCACCGUGCUGUGCCACGAUUUUCUUGGAAGAAGUAGCAGUGACACCAGUACCCCCGAAGAACUGAAAAUAUAUGACAGCAAUUUAAGAAUCGAAGUCAAAAUGAAAAAGCAGAGUAGUAGUGAUCUUUUCCAGAUUAAUUCUACAAGUGACGAUGAGAUUCCCGGGAAAAGGCCGGAAACGUGGCCUCGUUCUGCAGCCGGCCACCCACGGGAGAAAGCACAGCCCCCUCGAGGCAGUGCCCAGGGCAGUGCCCAGGAAGCAGACCAGGUUUCUUCCUCCGCGGACGAAACGGAAGAUGACCGGUCCGAAACGGACACUGCUGCGGAAAGCUUUCCGCCGCCUCCCCAGGCUCCUCAGCAGUUCCAGGGAAUCAUUAAUUUGGCUUUCGAAGAUGCAACGGAAAAUGAAAGCCCCGAGUUUUCCGCACGUAAACAAUUUAAAAGAUCCGUUUUACUCUCAGUCGAUGAAUGUGAAGAGCUGGGGUGUGAGGAGGGGGACGUGCAUGCUCCUCGGCAGCCUGCGGCAGAUCGCCUCUCACCUGCCGGUGUUUUCGAAGGCGUUUCUCGCCAGCCUCGUAGUAGAAGCGCCUGCUAUCCUAGAUACUCAACGGACGGUGAAAACAGUGUUUGGGGAUGUAAACAAGAUCCAACUAAUCAUGUCUAUCAAAAUGAAAACCCUCUCUUGGCUCUCAGUAGCAUUGACUCUUCAAGAAAAGCUCAACAGGGUGCUUCUGCCACAGAGAAAAAGAAUGUUGCACUCCACGCCUUGUCUGAAGGAGACAGGCAGCUUCUUCCAGAAGAUUCCAAAGUAAGCAUCGGAAGGGAUGCAAAUAACGACUUCCAGCCACACAGCAGACUUGCAGAUAGCGAUAUGAGAAAUCAAGAAAGGCCGUGUCAUCUGGCGCUUCAUCGGCGAGAACCCAGUGCUGACAUGCCAAAGAGCAGCUCCACACACCCUGUCGCCCCCGGCGGCCGGAGCCCAGCUCUGCCUCAGGAGGGUCAAGUGAAAGAGAGCCAUCCCACAACUACCGAAAAAGCCAGUAUUGCUUUGUCUGCAGGAGACAUAGACGAUUGUGACAUACUGGCACAAACCGGCAUGUAUGACCACCGGCCUUCAAAAACCCUCUCUCCAAUAUAUGAGAUGGAUGUAGUAGAAGCUUUUGAGCAGAAAGUGGAAUCAGAAUCACGCUUGGUGGACAUAGAUUUCCGAGAUGGUCAGCACUUUGCCAAACAGGAUUGGACUCUGCUAAAGCAGCUGCUCUCUGAAGAAGAUUCAAACUUGAAUAUUACAAAUUCUGUUCCUGAAGACUUAAAUCUAGCACAGUAUCUAAUCAAUCAGACACUGCUUUUAGCACGAGACAGUUCACAACCUCAGGGUAAAGCACAUGUGGACACUUUGAACAGAUGGAGCGAACUAGCAUCUCCAUUUGAUGAUUCCUCAGCAAGCUUCACCAUGGCCAGUGUUUCCUCUGAGGAUUGUUCUCCCCAAGGGGAGUGGACCAUUCUGGAACUGGAAACUCAGCACUAAUAGUGCUAAGUUUUUGGAAAAAUUUAAACUAUGCUACCCUUUUAUUUUUUUGAUGCAUCUAUUAUAUCCACAUGAUAAUUGUAUUAGCCAGACACGGACUGUCCUGAAUACCGAGGGACUCUUUCCCCUCAUAGCUUAUUUAUUAACAUGUAGGGGGAAAGGUUUUCUAAAAAAUUUGAGCAUGUUUUCUAUAAUUAAUAGAGAAAUCAGAAGACUUGUGAGGAAAUCCUAGCUUUGGAUUUUCUUUCCUAUAAUUGAUCACUUGUUCACUUGUUUAGUAUUCAAGAAUUUAAAAUGCGAAUGCACAACAAGCAAUCAUUCCCUUUCCUUUUUGUUCUGCAUAUGGUACAUAGUAAUUUAACAAUAAAAUGUACUGUGCUUGUA